UAGCCGCUGUAUUUCCUGCUUGGUGUUUCCAGUCGAAGCAAUGGCAGAAGUGAAAGCUUCUCUGGUUUGUGGAGUUAUAGCGGCCUUCCUAAGUUCAGCGGUGCUUGCUUUUGUUGAGGAUCUAGAUGACACAUUUAAGGACACUAGAGUAAACGACAUCUGGCUGGUUGAUUUCUAUGCACCGUGGUGCGGUUAUUGUAAAAAACUAGAGCCAGUAUGGCAUGAGGUGGGAAUUGAGCUGAAAUCCUCUGGGUCGCCGGUCCGUGUGGGAAAGAUGGAUGCCACAGCUUACUCUGGAAUGGCAUCAGAGUUCGGUGUUCGUGGUUACCCCACGAUAAAACUGUUAAAGGGUGAUCUUGCCUAUAAUUACAAGGGACCAAGGACAAAAGAUGAUAUUGUGGAGUUUGCAAACAGGGUGUCAGGUCCGGCUGUCCGUGCACUUCCCAGCAAACAGAUGUUUGAGCACAUGAUGAAACGACAUGAUGUGCUUUUCGUGUAUGUCGGUGGGGAGUCUCCCCUCAGAGAGAAGUACAACGACGUAGCCUCUGAGCUCAUUGUCUAUACUUAUUUCUUCUCGGCUUCAGAGGAAGUCUUGCCAGAGUCUGUAACUUUGCCAGAAGUUCCGACGGUUGUAGUCUUUAAGGAUGGAGCCUACUUUACCUAUGACGAGUAUGAGGAUGGUAGUUUGUCAUCGUGGGUGAACAAGGAACGCUUCCAAGGGUACCUGCAGAUCGAUGGCUUUACGCUCUAUGAGCUAGGAGAAACAGGCAAAUUGGUGGCGAUUGCAGUCAUCGAUGAGAAGGACCCCACAGAGGAGAGUGGCAGAUUAAAGAGCUUGAUUCAGAGGGUGGCGAAGGAGUACAGAGAGCAUUUUAACAGAGACUUCCAGUUUGGCCACAUGGAUGGGAAUGACUACAUUAACAGCCUCAUUAUGGGCGAGGUGACAGUGCCCUCUGUUAUCAUCCUCAACACAUCCAACGAGCAGUACUUCCUGCCCAGUGAGCCGAUUGAGACCAUGGAGCAGCUGGUCCAAUUCAUCAGCAGUGUUUUGAACGGUUCUGCACAGGCAUAUGGAGGUGAUGGAAUCAUUCAGAGGAUCAAACGUGUGGCCUUUGAUGCCAGAUCCACUAUUAUGUCAGUGUUUCGCAGCUCUCCACUGCUGGGCUGCUUCCUGUUUGGCCUACCGCUGGGUGUAAUUAGCCUGAUGUGCUAUGGCAUCUGCACAGCUGAGUCGGAUGACGGUUCGGAUGACAUAGACGCGCUCAAGAGGGAGGGCCUGACUGAUGAAGAGGAGGAAGAAGAGGAGGAGAGGCAACGCGGCGCUGAGCUGGAGGGCCCAGAUGAAGGGGAGAACGAGGAAGAGGAUGUUGGAGAGAAGGAUCCCGAGGAGAAGAAAACAGAUUAACACAGGGGCUCCCGCCAGAUAGAGGAUGAUAGGCCUAGUCAAAUGCAGUGAAAUGAAACUCAGAGACAUAUCAAUGUAUUACUGUUCAGCCUCUUUGUUUUUCAUCUCACUUCCCAACGAAACCCCUCUAGCGCAGACUGUUCUCCUAUCUUUGAGUUCUGCGUGUCAGUGUGUAAGGUCAGAUGCUCGGUGAGGCCAUUGAAUCAUGUUUAAAGCUAACAGCCUUUUUAAUGACGGAGCGUAAACACAUGAUAACAAAGUGCUUCACAGAGCAAUGAACUAUCAAAAGAUCAUAACAAAUAAAACACAGGAUAGAAGCAUUGAAACGGACAUAGGAUCAAAACAUUAGGGCACAUUAAAUAUAAAUAUAAAGUAAAAUCAUAAAGAAACGGCAGAAGCUAAAGGCAGACAGUUGCUUGUGAACAUAAAAAUGCCUGUCUGAGCCAGUGUGUUUUGAGAAGGGACUUGAAGGUUGACACUGAAGUGGUGAGCCAGAGUCGAAGGGAAGAAGGGAUGGCUGUGAACCAAACAUACCACUUAUUUAUUAUAAUUCAACCAACCACUGGUCUAGUCCAUGUGAUGUGUGACCCUUUCUCUGACAUUGUUAGAUCGUUGUUUUGAAACCACUCCAUUGCCCUUAUUAUAUCUUCUUUUUAAUGCCAUGUCCCAGUCUCUCCUGUUGUUUUUUUAUAGUCUAGUUUGCUAUAUUAUCCUUCAGUAGUAAAAACAGAUAAAUCUUGCCUUCAAAUUGAAUAGAACUUAAAAACACUGCAACAUUUUGUAUGCCUCUACCCCCCAACCCAAACUGUAGGCUUGUCAUGUAUAGUGAUUGAUAUGUGUAGAAAGCAUUGGAAGUGCCCAAGAGGGAAAAUCUGCCAUAAAUGAUUUGUGCUUUUUUUCCCUAAUGUCUCUUACUGCCUGAAAACAUUUCUUCUUCUUUUUGUAGGGAUGCAAAGUGCCGAGACAGUCAUGCAUUUCAGCUUAUUUCUCAUGCCCGCCACCUGUUAGUGUCCAUUUAUGUAGACAGUUGAUGAACAAAGCUAGAAUGGUAAUUGGUAUCAGUAUGUCUGAUACCAGAAAUAUGGCAAAUGCACAUUUUUUUAACCCAUUUCAACCCAACAUAACCAACCUGCUUAAAAUUCUUAGUAUAACUGGGUUAUAUACCUAUAUAGCAGACUCCUAUAACAUGCAUCAGUGGCUCCCGUGGCUCUUAACAACUCAUAUUCCUCAGAUAGACUGGCUCUGUCUGUUUCCAUAUUUCAAUCUGUCCUCCAUCACUGGUUUUUUGUUGAAUUUAGUUGGCAGGUUGAAGUUUACAUCCUGAUGCACUGAGACAUACACUAAGCGUAUAAAAUAUUAGGACUUUCUUCCUACUACUGAGAUUUGCCCCUUUUUUGUUACAGUCCACAAUUGUCAGUUGGCUAAAGGCUUAGAAAUCUUUUCCUGUCCUAUUCUCAUACCCUUGUGACUAAAGUGUAUGUAAUAGCUGAAAUCAAGUAAGGGUUAUUUCCUGAAUUCACCAGGGCGCCUGUUACAUGAAAAAAAGCGUUCCUAAUAUCGAGUCUGCACCGAGUCUGAUGCCGUUUUUAUGAAAAAUGCACAGUAGAGUGCAUCUUGUUGGAUUUGGGAUCCAGUGGUGCCGCAGUGGCAGCAAUGGCAAGUUAAAGCACCUGGUGACAUGUUUCAUCACCUUUAGUGUCUGCUGUAUAAAAUGAAACAUUUGUGAGUAAAGGAGAAAAAAAAAUAACACAACACUCAAAAACUCAGGGUGUGAUUUUAAGUUUGAUUCUCACAUU